AUGACCAAAGGCAGGCAUACGUUCCUCAGGGACUCGUUGUUCUUCAGCCGUGCUUACCCAGACCCCCCUAUCGGCAACAUGGCCGGCCGGAAGCGUAGCGCAGAUGCCGGGGCUUCUGAUACUCGAGCAGCUAAAGCAACCAAGGUCAGCUCGAAGGAUGCUGCGACAACCAAGAAACCUGCUUCGAAGGCCUCAGAGAAACCCGCAUCCAAGUCCAAGGUAACAGGAAAACCAGCGUCGAAAGCUAAGGUUACCGAGAAACCUGCCUCGAAGGGGAAGUCAGCGAGCAAGUCCGAGAAAGCGGCCCCUAAGUCGACCGGCAAGGCUAAACCCAAGUCCCCACCCUCAGCAGAAGAUUUCAAAGCCAAGGCGUUGCCACUUCACGCCAACCUAACGCAAACGCCACCCAAAUUUGGCGAAUCCAACGAUUCAGCUCAUACAAUUGCGGAUGAUGGAUUCAUCGCAUCAAUCGCCAUGCAACCAACUACUUUCAAUACCGGAAGCUAUGGGUGGAAGGGUUCCGGGCGUAUGACAGUUCCGUUGCCCGGCGGUACUGAGGAAGAAACGGUCACUGUGAUGAUCAACAUUAAUGCGUCUGUAUUAGGAAGUAAAAGUGCUGCUUCCGAGGCAGAAAAGGGUAAUUUGGCUGGAGCAAUGAAGGAAGAUCUUACCUCCGAGUCAGGUUCCGAUUGA